AUGGGGUGGGAAAUAGUCAAAAUUUUAAAUUCGAUUUUCACGUCUGACGAAGUAGAAAAAGCAUCAACUACUACACCAACACCGUCAUCAACGACCAAGAGCAAAAACUUGCGCAGACUAUCCAAAAUCGAAAAAUUAAAAUUUAAUACCACAUCUACGAGUAAUAGUUACACACUAGACCAAAUCCGCGACAAACGCGUAGAAUCCCAGAAUCGCAGCAAUAAUAAAGAUAACCUUAACAAUAGUGUAAAUAAUGAUAUUGUUAAAAACACCGGUUCCAUCAAACAUGACACGAUAUCCUUCUACUCGCAAGGCAUCGAAAACAACAACGAAGAAGACGGAAUAGCCAAAUUAAAUUAUUUACAUCUACCAGAAGACGUGAAAUGUAUAUUAGAGAAACUACGUGAAAUACAGAAAAAGGCGGAAACUUGGCAUAUUUUUGAUCAAAAGGUAUUGAUAGUCGUAGUCGAAAAAACAACCGGAUUUUGUCUUGUUAAUAUUAUUUUUUUUAUCACACAUACAGAAUUCAAUUUCGACUUUGGAAUCCGCAUUAAUGUCAAUUUUAAUCCUAGCACCAACAUUAUUGCUCACGAAUUCUACAAAUAA